AUGGAAAUCAAGAAAAAGCUAAGUCCUUAAUCAGAAGACUCUCUCAUCGGAACAUGGUCUAAAGAAGAUGGAAAUUCAAUUGAGAUUAGAAGAGAAAACAACGACUAUGUAUUCCAGCACAACGCCUACCAGGAAUAUAUCCAAAUUCAUCAAGCAGGCUAAUAUUACUUAUUCGACAUCGCUAAAUGGGAAUACGGCCACAGAACAUUCAUCAGAUGCAACGUGGGUGAAUUGACUGAAAUUACCCAUGACUCCACUCAUGCUCACAAAUGGGUCAAACAAUAGAGGAAUUGA